AUGGCUCAUUCGAAGCUCUUGCUCCUUGCCACUCUUCUCGCCGCUCUCUCUGCUCUGGUGGUGGAGAGCCGGGUGGCAAGGAUGGAUCUUGGGAGCCUUGGCACCGGGGUCGGUCUCGGCACUGGGCUCGGUGUUGGCGUAGAUGGCGGUACGGUCUCCGUCUCAGGUUCGGGCUCCGGCUCUGGCUCCGAGUCUGGGUUUGGUCACUCCAGCUCGACUUCCAGGUCGGAAUCACGUUCGUUUUCGGUGACUCUGCCUGGUUUAGGCUCCGGCGCGGGCUCUUCGGCAGGUUCGGGCGCAGGCGCGGGAUCAUCGUCAGGUUCGGACGCGGGUUCCUCCGCGGGCUCGGGCGCAGGUUCUGGUGCGGGGAACGGCGAAGGUUCCGGCUCGGGCUAUGGCUCGGGUUCUGGCAACUGA